CGGUUAGGAAGCCUAACUCACAUCUCGGCCGAGCGAGUUCUCAAGGACAAAUCAAGAUUCACCUGGCGAACUACUAAAAAGGCCACAUCGGGUAGAGCAGGAAAAGAAACGUGCGCGUACGAUGUCUACUGUUUCGGGAAAGUCCUGCUCGAGCUUUUGACUGGUAACCUAAGAAUUAGUUCGGCCGAGCCUGAUGAUGCAAAUUUGAAGGAGAUUUUGGAAGGAACAUUGCUAAACAUAAGUACAUUUGACAAGGAACUUGUUGCAAACAUUGUGGACCCAUCAUUGAUUAUUGGGCCGGACCACUUGGAUGAAGCUUGGGCUGUGGCAAUCGUGGCCAAGGCUUGUCUGAAUCCCGAGCCGAUUAAACGGCCCAUAAUGAGACAUGUGCUUAGUGCUUUGGAAGAUCCUUUUAGUGUGGCAAUGGAUGAGAAAUCAGAAAGGCUUGAAACAAACCCAUCU